UCUACCGUAAGUACAACAGAAGAAGAAUAGCGGCAAUGGCGCCACUCAGAAAUUCUAUCGCGAUCCCGAGUUAAGGUUGGAGACGUUGGUUUGGCGGUAUCGGUUGUUGUUGCAAUAAUGUCUUCAGUUCAGCAUCUGAGAGAGUUUAUCAAGGAGAGGUUAACUACUGCUGCAGAAGAAAUCUUAUCAAAGUUUGAAAAAACGAUCGUCCGGUAUGAGGAGGAGAUUAGUCAGCUAAGACUGCUGAAUAUCAGACCUGGGAUAAAGUCACACAAUACAGGUCUGGAUGAUCAGCAGGUCUUUGACCAGGAGAGGAGCUCCAGUCUCAACCAGGAGGACCCAGAGCCUCCACAGACUAAAGAGGAACAGGAGGAAAUGUGCAGCAGUGAGGAAGGAGAGCAGCUUGAACAGGAGGUUGAAGACAUUAAUGUGUGGACUGGAGAAGAGCUGCAUGUGUUGUGGAAAUCUGGAGUAAAGCAGACCACAGUAGACCUCCCACAGCAACAUGAUUGUAAGGAAAAUGAGGAUCUGGAUGACCCGCAGGUCUGUAGCCAGGAGAGGAACUCCAGUCUGGACCAGCAGGACAAAGAUCCUCCACAGACUAAAGCGGAACAAGAGGAAAUCUCCACCAAUCAGGAAGAAGAGCAGCUUGCACUGACACAGGAAACCAAGGGCAUCAUCGUCUGGACCAGGCAGCAGCUGGGCAUCAUGUGGAACCCUGAAGUAGAGUUGCACAGAAUAGAUCUUCCACAAUGUGACUGUAAGGAUGAGGAGGGGCGCAGAAAUCAGCAGGUCUGUAACCAGGAGAAUAACUCCAGUUUACACCAGGAGGAUCCUUCACAGAUUAAAGAGGAACAGGAGGAACUCAGUACCACUGAAGAGGGAAAACCACUUGCACGAAAGCAGGCGACUGCAACUUUUCCAUCUCGUGAAGAAAGUGACCACAGUGAACCAGAACCAAGCAGUGACCAGCUCCUUACUAACAACUCUCCUGACAUGGAUCAGGAUGAAAACAAGGAUGAAAAUUCACACAGAAAUAAGUCCGAGCAAAUAAUAGCAGACCUGACAGUUCAAAAUUCAAAGACAGCAUGUUUAUCUAGCACCUUUGGAAAAAAAAUUAAUAAAACGAGAAAGUUGAAUAGACAAAUGCGAAUUCACACAGGUGAGAAGUCACAUUCUUGUGGCGCCUGUGGGAAAAUAUUUAAUCAGAAGGAACAUUUGAAAAUACACAUGGAAUUCCAUACAAAUGAAAAACGAUAUUCCUGUAGCAGCUGUGGGAAAAGAUUUAAUGUAAAAUCAAAUAUGAAGACACACAUGCGAAUUCACAGAGGUGUGAAGCCACGUUGUUGUAGCAUAUGUGGGAAAAAUUGGAGUUCCCUCAUGUAUUUGAAAAUUCACGUGAGAAUUCACACAGGAGAGAAGCCAUAUUGUUGUAGCACCUGUGGGAAAAGAUUUUGGCUAAAGUCAAACUUGAAUAGACACAUGCAAAUUCACACAGGUGAGAAGCUGCAUUCUUGUAGCACCUGUGGGAAAAGAUUUGGUGUGAAGUCAGGCUUGAAAAAACACAUGCUAAUUCACACAGGUGAAAAGCCGCAUUCUUGUAGCACCUGUGGGAAAAGAUUUACUCUAAAGUCACACUUGAAUAGACACAUGCUAAUUCACACAGGUGAGAAGCCGCAUUCUUGUAGCACCUGUGGGAAAAGAUUUAGGCUGAAGUCAAUCUUGAAUAGACACAUGCAAAUUCACACAGGUGAGAAGCCGCAUUCUUGUAGCACCUGUGGGAAAAGAUUUGGUGUGAAGUCAAGCUUAAAACAACACAUGCAAAUUCACACAGGCGAGAAGCCGCAUUCUUGUAGCACCUGUGGGAAAAGAUUUGUUGUGAAGUCAAUCUUGAAUAGACACAUGCGAAUUCACACAGGUGAGAAGUCACAUUGUUGUGGAACCUGUGGGAAACGAUUUGGUGUGAAGUCAAGCUUGAAACAACACAUGCAAAUUCACACAGGUGAAAAGCCGCAUUCUUGUAGCACCUGUGGGAACAGAUUUAGUCGGAAGUCACAGUUGAAACAACACAUGCAAAUUCACACAGGUGAGAAGUCACAUUGUUGUAGCACCUGUGGGAAAAGAUUUGGUCUGAAGUCGAUCUUGAAUAGACACAUGCAAAUUCACACAGGCGAGAAGCCGCAUUCUUGUAGCACCUGUGGGAAAAGCUUUCGUCUGAAGUCGAUCUUGAAUAGACACAUGCUAAUUCACACAGGUGAGAAGUCACAUUGUUGUAGCACAUGUGGGAAAAGCUUUGGUCUGAAGUCACACUUGAAUAGACACAUGCAAAUUCAUACAGGUGAGAAGCCGCAUUCUUGUAGCACCUGUGGGAAGCGAUUUGGUAUGAAGUCAAGCUUGGAAGAACACAUGCAAAUUCACACAGGUGAGAAGUCACAUUGUUGUAGCACCUAAGAUGAAAAUUUUAGGUCUUCAGUACACUUGGAAAAAGUAUAUAGGAAAUCAUGCUACAUGGUAGGCUUCAUUCUUAGAAAAGGGUGAUGGUAGAACACAGAAAAAGUGUUUGGAUCAUCGGGAAUUAAGCAUUUGAAAAAAUUUGUUUUCAAAAGGUUUUCGGAAGCUAAGUUUCUGUGUUUACAUGAGAACGCGAAAAACUGUCUCGGUCCAAUACAACUCAAUAAAAUUGUUG